GUGCAAAGUCACAAACACUAAAAAUAUAGAGUAUGUUAUAUUAAUUGCGGAUAUGGACGUUGAUGUAUGCAUGGGCCACGCAUGUACUUCUUUGCUUCAUACCAUGAUGACAGUGAAGGUAUAGCGUAGAAUGGCAUAUGAUCAAAAGUCUUUGAUUCUAUGUCUAACCAACAUGUCAACGCAUUUCGGGAUAUGAGCUGGUCAGGUAUGGCGGAAAGGCGACCGUUGCCGGUACAAUUUGCAUUAUACCCUUCUCGCAAAACAAAUGGAAUGCUAUGUCCUUGUUUAACUGUUCGACAUACAAACGUCGAAUUGAUUCGGAUACUUGAUCCUGAACACAAGCAGCCUUUCUUUUCAAUUGACGGAAUGUUCUUAUUGGCAGGACUGAGCGUUCCUAAUGGCUUGUUGCGCUUCGAUCUGCGGCGUGAAAGAGGCGAUUAUGAUGUUACACUCGCAGGUCUAGAGCCGAGAGAAGGUAUCUGGUCGCCUUUCAACGUUGCUCAACGUAUAGCGAUGGAGCUUGGAUUAUCGCAGCUGCUAAAGACAUUCUUUUCCGUUAAACAUGCGUGGAGUUUGGAUGAAGGCGAAUUGAACGGAGUCGUUCAUAAUUGGCAACCAGCAAAAGAUCAAAUUAAUCCGUCAAAAUAUUCGUUCGAGUCUCUAUCAAAUGAUGCUUUUGAUUCCUUCUCCCUAAUCAAAAGCGGCCAGCCGGCUCGAACUCCGAUUGGCAAUGAAGAGCGAGACCAGAUCAAACGCAUAGGGAAACCUUGUCUUCUUCUCCAAGACGGCAGUGAAGAUGAAUUGCAGCACUCACGCAUACUCACUUCUUUCAGUCUUGAACAACGUUUAUUAAGAUGGACUGUAAUGGCGACUGCGCAAUGGCACGAAUUUCAACAACAGGUAUCGGAUGCACAAUCAGCCGAAAAUACUCAAGAAGAUUCUCUUAUGCAUAUUUGGUCACCUUCAACGGUGGAAAUCCUUCUCUUUUUUUCAGAUCUUCAAAGUCCAUCCAAUGACGAUGAUAGAAACAUUGCAUAUUCUUUGAACGAAGGGCAGAUUGUGGUUACAAAGAGUCAACUACAGGAAGCACAUCUUCGGCAUCAAGAGCAACAAGGAGCAAAGAACAACCCAUUGCUGAGCAUUGUGGAUGUGAAUGCUGUUUUGGCAUUGGUGGAUAGUCUAUGGAUAUGGUACAUCGAAAGAAUUGCUCAUUCGAAUAAAGCUCACAUGGAAAUGCCUCAGGAGACUAUGGCUCAAGAGAAAAGGAGCAACGAAGAGAGUGGCAUACAUGCUAUAUCACAAAGACUGAAUCGAUUGGAAGCAUCUUUUGAACGUAUGGAAGCUUCCCUUAACACCCUGCUGCACAAUCAGACCCUCAUACAAAAAGAGAAAGUGCAAACUGAGGCUAAAAAGCCGGUGAAUCCAAAUAAAUUUGGAUUAUUCUCCAUGGACGUCCAGACCUUAGUCUAUUUCUUCGUCAUUGGUAUGAUGGGUACUUUCUUCUCACAAUAUUUCUCCAAUCGAUGAAGACGAUCUAUAGAAAUAGAGUACAAUAUUGACAUUUCAAAUAUAAUGCAUUCUUACAUUUCAUCCUUGCCUCUGCCAAUCUCCACUUUUUCCGCCAGAUUUAUGCGUUACCAUCAAGCCAUCAACACGCAUCUCCUUUCCAGCCACGCUCUUGAGCAUAUCCCAAAGUACCAAACUUGUUACACUUGCACCUGUUAAUGCUUCCAUCUCUACGCCAGUUGUUGAAGUGGUUGUGGUGGUACAAGUGACUUCUAUAUAAGCGCUCAAAGUUGUACCUUC